AAGUCCAAUUUUAUGUAUUUGUUAGUAAACAACACUUUAGAUGAAAGUGAUAAUUUACGCAAAAUGACAAUCAGUAUGCUAUUAUUAUUGUAUGCCUUGGUGUAUUAUCCAGUGAUAAGCAAAUCAGAUGGAAUACUAUCAUGGAAAUUGGAAACAGUACCAGCUGUUUUUGGAGAAGAUGUUCAAUUAGCAUGUUUCAUUCCUAACUAUGCAAGUAGGGCAAAUAUGAACAGAAGAUGGUCGAUUGGAAGAAAAAUUCAUGGAAUAACAUUGAACGGUGUAUCAAGAUAUCCAAAUAAAUAUAGUGAGCAUAUGGAUGAGAAAAAUGGUGUGUCAACGUUACGAAUACACAAUUUUAGUCUAUAUGACGUAAAUACAAUUUACGAAUGUGCAUAUGGGUUUUCGAUCGACAGAAAGUUUCUCAACCUGUCUAAAAUCAAAUUUGAGAAUCAUCCUAUAAGACUUCUGAAUGCAACAGUUGAGAAUGACAAAAAAUGUACUUGCAGAGGAAAUGUUACCUUAGAAAACGUUUUUCCUCAACCAGAUUGUAAAUCUACAUUUAAUUUAAUGGACAUAACUUUAUCCUCCCUGCAUGUUAAAACAGAGCAGCAGGGAUUAUUCUUUACUAGUGAAAUAAUGCUGAUCUAUACACAUAGAGGCGAUGUUGAAACGGGAAAAUUGAUUGUUGUUUGUGAAAUUGGAAGUAAAAGAUUUGUUGUUGUUAAUGAAACGUUAUUCUGCGUUUCAAACGGUAGAACCAACCUCGAUAUAAAACGGAUUGCUGGAAUUACCUCAGUUUGCGUUUUGAUGUCGAUUCCGAUGCUGUGUUUAAUAUAUGUUUUCUCUAUGAAAGACAAAAAGAAAUUAAAAGCAUGGGUAUAUAAGUUUUACCUGAAAAAGAAGUUGCAAGGAUCAGAACAUUCUCUUCAACAAUACCAGAAGGCAAACGAAGAAAUGGCAUUACAAAAUGAUAAAGAAGGGGUAACAUAAUGAAUGCAAGGAUAAAUAACAAAAUGAAAUUCUUCAAGUGAAAUCUAAUCGCUAUUAGCUCGUUAUGAAUAACCAAUUCAUACAUGUAUUUAUUGUUGAAAAUCAGUAAUACUUUCAGUCGUGGAGUUAGAGUUAGAUUUGUCUUAUGGUAGAACAAAAAGAUAUGUUUUGCACAACUCUUAAUAUUACAUUUGUAAUUUAAUGCUUUACUUAAACAUUACAGUUCUAAUUUAAGCAAAUAUCUGUAAGACGAAAGACAUCGCAACUCGCCUAACGUAUCAAUUAUAACCUUUCUUUUUACUUUUUAUGUACAAUGUACAGGAUAAUGUUGAUUUCAAGGUAGAUUGCAUAUUGUUAUGAUUCUUAUAUAUUUUGUCAUGUUAACUUAUGUAAAAGUGUAUUGUUUUUGUGCUACAAAAUGACGAUUGAGAGUGUUUAAGUAUGUUUUUGAAAAAAAACUAUGUGGAGAUAUGAUAAGUAAAUAUAGAAAUUUACAAUAGUAUAAACUAUAGUCCCUGUAUGAAAUAAAAAAUCCAGUUACAAUUGUAAAUUAUAUUUAACGUGGAUGAAUUCUUUAUUUUAUCUUGUGAAAUUAUUUUCGAAUCGUUUUUGAAAUAAUUUGAUUGUUGAUGCAUGGAAUUGUCUUUUACAUAUUUCUGGGCUUAAAGUACUUAAUAAAUGGUUUGAGGUUAAUAAAAGUUCAAUACAAUAGCCAAACGUUUACUCUUAAGAAUUUUAUUGUUUAUAUCAUCAGGGUAUUCAUGAAUCAUCAGUACUUAAACUGGGUACUUGUGUAUACAAAACAUAUGUACAUGGUAUCAUAGUUAAAUACUUUCAAUUUAAAAUCUAAGACAUUAAUAAUAGAACAUUCAGUAUAAUAAAUUGAAUAACACAUAGCUGAGAGGGUAUUAGAGCAGAUUGUGACCCCUUGAAAGAACAUUGUCAACCUCGGCUUCGCCUCAGUUGACAAUGUUUAAUUUGGAUAAAUAUCUACUCUUUCAUUACUCAUCUGUGUGUUAUUUAUAUAGAUGUUUUGAUUACUCUAGUGGUAUUCUAAAUUAAUCUGCCGAUCAAAAGAUAGAAAGAUUAUCACUACAGAUAAAUAAAAUCAAGAUA